AUGAAUAAAAAGAAUUAUAAAAAACGUAUUCAAUUUGACGAUCAAAAAGAUUCAGAAAUAAUUAUGGAUUCUUUGAAUUAUUAAUAACGAUUAGGAGAAGAGCAUUUCAACUUUGUAUUAAAAAUUUAAAAUUUUAAAAAGAGAGAGAAAUAAAUAAUAAUUAAAUAUAAUUGCGACUCAUCAGCUACUCCAUUAAACAAAUUAAAUAUUCAAGAGGAUUUCAAAAAGAUUGAUAUAUUUAAUAAAAUAUUUAUGAUUGCCAAUUUUAUAUAAAAUACUUCAACACCACAUGGAAACUUAAAACCUAGUAAUAUAAUAGAACAUAAAGAUUAGUUGUAUUUAAUAGAUUUUAGAAACCCUUUUAUUGAUAAAUAAAAUUAUUUGAAAUAAUUAAGUAAAUAGUAAAAAAUAAAUUUCUACCCUUAUUUAACAACAGAUAUGCUAUAAUUACUAAAAUUAAGUAGCAACGAAGAAAAAAAGUAGAAGCUUGAAAAUAUGAGAUUAAAAUAAACAGUAAGUGAGCAAAUUAAAUAAGAUAUAUAUGCACUUGGUUUAAUAAUGCUUUAAUUGUUUUCCAAAAAUUAGUUUAAGACUAAUAAUGAUAAAUUUGCUAAUAUUGAUUAUUAGCUCGAAAUAAAAUCGUAAAAUAUCGAAAAAGUAUUAAGAGAAACUUAUAUUCCUAUAUAUUUGCAAGAUCUUAUAAAGGAAACAAUUAAAAGAAUGUUGUAAGAUUAAGAAAUACCUCUGUUAAAAAUUUAUUAGAUUAAUUAUUCUCGGUUAAGAGAAGUUUAUCACCUAUCUAUGCCUGUUUUCGAUAAAACAUUAUAAUAAUAAUUAUAAGAUAAUAAAACAAUUCGAAGAUUGCCGCCCUCCUCUUAUUCAAGAUUAGAUAGUAGUCCAAUUAACAGGUCAGAUACAUACUUAAUAAAAUAAGAUUCAUGUGAAUUUUUAUAAGAUUCACUAACUUAAGAUUGCAAUAAUAAAAAUGACGAAUCCGAUUUUUUUGAUUUUAAAUAUAGAAGUCCAAAAAAAUAAAUUAAAGAAGAAUAAAUUGAUUAAUUUGAAAAAAAAAAUAAUUAUAAUAAAUCUUAAUAAGGAUAAUAAUAAUCUAAACUAAAAUGUUAAAAUGUAAUCUAAAAUGAAGUAAAGCAAAUCGAAUAGUUUGAUUAAUUUUAAUCCAAAAUCGAAUCUGAUGAACUUUAAUAAAGUAUACAAGAAAACCUAAAUAAAUUAGAGUAACCCAAAUAAAUUAAAUAAUUUUAAUAUAAAAUCGAUUUUUAAUAACAUCAAAAAGAAUAAAAAAGUGAACAAAAGUCUUUAGAAGAAAAAAGUAAUAUUAAGGAAGGGAAAUAAAUUGAAGAAAAGUAAAUCUAUUAAAAUAUUUAAAAUGAAUAGCAAUAACCUCAAAUUGAAGGAAUAUCAGAAAGUAUCAGUAAUGAAAACUAACAUUUAUAUUAUUUAGGUUUAUAGUCAUUAGAAGAAUUUAAAGAAGAACAAAAAAUUCUUAGGGCAUUUGCCCGUAGACAAUAUUUUACAGAUUAUUUAAAUAAAAAGAAUAGAUUUGGUUUUUUUAAAAUUGCAGAUAACACAAUUACUAGAGGUUUUAGUGAAACGAACAAAAAAGAAGGCGAAAUAAUCACAUUUUCUUAAAAAGACUCUCUAAUUUAUCAUUAUAAAAUUUACUUGAAUUAAAAAAGUAGGAUUACAUAUCAUCUUGUAAAUAGUUGUUGUAAUUCUUGUAAAAUAAUAAAAAUAUAAGAGUAUGAAGGAGCUGUAGUUUAUAAGGGUCCAAAUACAUAUCUGCCUUAAGGAGAAGGAACAAUGAAUAAAUAUCAAGAAAAUGUAUGUUAUAAGGGAAAUUGGAAAAAUGGAGUUGAAGAGGAUGAAAAUGGUAAAUGGUAUAGAUUGAAGUUAGAAAAUUUAAAAUAUGGGGAUAUCUACAAAUAUAAAGGUUCUUUUAAAAAUGGUAAAUUUAAUGGAUUUGGAAUUGCCUAUUUGAAUAAGGAAAGAACUAUUUUAAGGAAAGGCAAAUACAAAAAUGGUAAUCCAGUUUAUUGUCACAAAAUAUAUGAAAAAUAUACCAAUAAAGUUGUAGCAAUGAAUAUGUUCUUUUGUUUAUCAAAUAUUCAUAUACCAUUUAAAUGAUUGUGAUUUGAAGAUUUAG